UCAGUAUUUUCAGUUUUCCACCGAAUAGACAUUAAAAAUAGAAGAAUUGUGCGAAAACUGUAUUUAAUAGACUACAUGUUGUAGAAAGUCCCCAAAAUAAAGGUGUAAUACUGUAAGGAACAAAUAUUAACUAAAACUUAAGCUAAACUAUUAAUUUAGUGUGAUUGUGAGUGUCAUUGUCAAAAUGGAAGCUCUUAUUCCGGUUAUAAAUAAAUUGCAAGAUGUUUUCAACACAGUAGGAUCGGAUUCUAUACAAUUGCCUCAAAUUGUAGUACUUGGAAGUCAGAGUUCCGGCAAAAGUUCAGUUAUAGAGAGUUUGGUGGGACGCUCUUUUCUACCCCGUGGUACAGGUAUAGUGACGCGUCGUCCACUUAUUUUACAGCUGAUUCACUGUCCUCUCGAUGACAGGGAGCACCGUUCGGCUGAAAAUGGAACAAUUAAUGCAGAAGAGUGGGGUAAAUUCUUGCACACCAAGAAAAUUUUUACAGAUUUCAAUCAGAUUCGCAACGAAAUUGAAGAAGAGACUGACCGUGCUGCCGGCUCCAACAAGGGCAUUUGUCCCGAACCAAUCAAUCUGAAAAUAUUCUCAACACGCGUCGUAAAUUUAACACUCGUUGAUUUACCUGGUAUAACUAAAGUGCCUGUUGGUGAUCAACCAGAAGACAUCGAAGCACAAAUUAAAGACUUGGUUUUAAAGUUUAUUGAUAAUCCGAAUUCUAUCGUUUUGGCUGUGACCGCCGCGAACACCGAUAUGGCGACAAGUGAAGCGUUAAAAUUGGCUAAAGAAUGUGAUCCCGAUGGUCGACGCACCUUAGCUGUGGUUACAAAACUCGAUCUCAUGGACGCCGGCACUGACGCUAUUGACAUAUUAUGUGGCCGAGUAAUACCAGUAAAACUAGGAAUUAUUGGUGUGGUAAAUCGUUCGCAACAGGAUAUUAUUGAUAAGAAACAAAUUGACGAUCAACUUAAAGACGAAGCGGCGUUUUUGCAAAGGAAAUAUCCUACAUUAGCUACUCGUAAUGGCACACCUUACUUAGCAAAAACUUUAAAUCGUUUGCUUAUGCAUCACAUACGCGAUUGCUUACCAGAUCUGAAAACUCGUGUCAACGUAAUGUCUUCACAAUUUCAAUCUCUAUUACACUCUUAUGGCGAAGACGUUUCGGACAAAAGUCAAACACUACUACAAAUAAUAACCAAAUUUGCUAGUGCCUACAAUUCCACGAUCGAAGGUACCGCACGCAAUAUUGAAACGACCGAACUUUGUGGUGGAGCGCGCAUUUGUUAUAUUUUUCAUGAGACAUUUGGCCGUACACUUGAUUCCAUACAUCCAUUAUCCGGAUUAAGUAAAAUGGACAUAUUGACAGCUAUACGCAAUGCGACUGGUCCGCGGCCCGCACUUUUCGUACCCGAGGUUUCGUUUGAAUUACUGGUGAAACGGCAAAUACGACGCUUAGAGGAGCCUUCAUUGCGUUGCGUAGAGUUAAUACACGAGGAAAUGCAACGCAUUGUACAGCAUUGUGGCAAUGAAGUACAACAAGAAAUGCUGCGAUUCCCGAAAUUACACGAGAAAAUUGUUGAUGUGGUUACGCAACUUCUGCGACGUCGUCUGCCCGCCACCAAUGUAAUGGUUGAAAAUCUGGUAGCUAUCGAAUUGGCUUAUAUUAACACCAAGCACCCCGACUUUCAUAAGGAUGCUGCAUUAGUUCCCAGUCUACUAAAGGCGGAUAAUAUCAUUGAGCCAUUCAGCCAUUUGAGUGCACAAGUACAACGGCGCACCAAUACAACACCACGCAAUUCCAAUUCGUCACCUCAAGUGACAGCACAGCAUCAACAACAGCAGCAGCAACAGCAACAACAAAAUGAUACUCAAGAACAAAAUCAUAUUGGUGAAAAUGCCGUGGGUAAUAGUUGGUUAUCUACAAUUUUACCUCCGGCACCGUCUACUUCACCAGCGGUUAGAGCGCCAGAAAGCUUCGAUAAUUCUGCAAGUAAUACUCCUUUGCAUAAUCAUAUUUCGAGCCCUUUAAAACCAGUUAACUUAUUGCCCGAUAUGCCAGUUCAACAUGGUUCAAGGCGCUUAACUGAUAAGGAACAAAAGGAUUGUGAUGUUAUUGAACGCUUAAUUAAGUCAUAUUUCUAUAUUGUGCGCAAAUCCAUUCAGGAUUCAGUACCAAAAGCUAUAAUGCAUUUCUUAGUUAAUUACGUUAAGGAUAACUUACAAAGCGAACUAGUCACACAUUUGUACAAGUCGGAAAGGGCAGAAACUUUACUCAACGAGUCUGACCAUAUUGCGGUGCGACGAAAAGAGGCGGCCGAUAUGUUGAAGGCGCUUACCAGGGCAAACCACAUAAUAAGCGAAAUACGCGAAACGCAUAUGUGGUAAAGAGACAUUUUGGUGAUAUGGCUAAUGCGACUUUGAAAAUGUAUUUAAAAUACAACAUGUCGUCAUUAGAGCUUCGUCACCAGUUGGUGAUUUGUAUUUUUCAUUAAAGCUGCAUUCAUAAAUAAUAUAUAUUAUAUACAUAUGUUCAUUGUCAAGUUUACUUUUUAUUAUUCACUUCAAAUUUACUUUACCAAUUCUACAAUUUCUCAUUUACGCAAAACAACACAUACACAAAUCAAACGCAUGCAUAAUUUUUGAGUUCACAAAAGAAUUAGUGUUGCAUAAAAUAUUAAAUAGCAUUAGUGCUGUCAAUUGCUUUCGUUCGAUUCGUAAACAAAAGACCAGGUAAAAGUGGAAAUCUAGACACAUAUACAUUUAGUAUAUGUUUCGGUGAUUUUUUUUAAAAAGUUUACUCUAUGUACUGAUAGAAAAUGUAAUAAUAUAAAAUUUUUAAAUAUUAAAUUCAGCGCGCUAUUGCAUUUCAUUCUACUUCGAACCAAAAAAUAUAUAUAAAUAAACAUCAUAAUUUUCUUUUGAUUCAAAUUAAGUAAAUUAUAAAAACUUGUAAGUGCUUAGUUAAAGUAAUUUGUUAUGAAGGAAAAUAUGUGUCGAUAUUUGUUAGUAGUCUCUGUUUUCGUUAUGUGUUUGGUCAUAAUCAGAUAUU